GACAGCAUGGAUAUUGUUAAAGCGAUUUUAGAAAGCGAACCUCAGGAGAAUGAUUUGCGUAAGUCCAUCAUAGUAAAUAAAGACGUGGAAGUUGAAACGGACGUAGGAACUCUAUUGGCGCUCGAUUACAAUACUUUGGACAUAAAAUCACUGAAAUCUCAAACAGAACAAUAUUUACAAAACGUAACAAGAGACAAUGUGCAAAUAUUAAUUAAUAAAAUUUGGGAGCUUCCGGUAGAAUGUAUAGACGACACAGUAGUGGCAAAAUUACCAACGCCUCAAUUUGUAUUACCUCGAUCUCGCCAAGUGCCAAAACCAAAACCUUUAACAAAAUGGCAACAGUUUGCUAAACAAAAGGGUAUCACAUCUAAAAAGAGUAGUAAAUCUAAACUGAAGUGGGACGAUGAAUUACAAAAAUGGAUACCUAAAUUUGGUUACAAACGUAGCAAAGUUAUGGAACAGAAAGAAUGGUUGGUAGAGCUUAACAAUGAGAAUAAGGCCAUGGAAGAUUCGUUCUCAGUCUCGAAAGCAGCAAAACAAGAAAGGAUAUCUAAGAAUGAAUUACAAAGACUGCGUAACAUUGCGAAAGCAAAAAAUGUUAAGAUUCCACGAGUAGGUCUUCCUACCAAAGAACAUUUCACUAAUUCGCAACAACUCUCUCAAGCAAUUACCAUCGCGCGAGCGUCAACAGCAUCAGUUGGCAAAUUCCAGGACAAAUUACCAAAAGAGAAAGAUGGAAAAGGUAUUGCAAAACAAGUGCCAGGCAUGAAAAGGAAGGCUGAACCAGCUCCAUUAAACAUGCAGGAUGAACGGAAACGCAACAAAAAUCUAGUAGACAGCAUUCUUAAGAGUAACAAUAAAAUUCUUCGCGAGGACUUCUCUGUACCAAAAGUAAAAUUGGCCAAGCCACGAGCAGUAAAAGGCAAAAAGGGGGUAAAAAGUAGGGGAGCAAAGAAACCAAAGGGGGGGCAAGGAAACCGGGAUAUACGCCUUAGAGUAGGUGGCAGAAAACGAAGAUAAAAACUGAUCGAAAAUCUGUAAUUUUAAUGAAAUUUAAAUGUAUAACGUUAGGAUCACCGAUAUU